CCGCCUGCCACCGGCCUCGGCGGGAGCAAAGCGCUUGGCAUGUAGGAGCGAAGAGAGGGAAAAGCGGGCAUGGGGAACCAGGUGGAGAAGCUGACCCAUCUCAACUACAAGGAAGUUCCCACGGCCGACCCGACAGGUAUGGACAGAGAUGAAGGGCCCAGGAUCGGGGUCUCCUACAUCUUUUCGAAUGACGAUGAUGAGCUGGAGCAGCAGCAGGAUUCGGUGCAUGACCUGGGGGGUGAGAACCCUGCCCUGCAGCCCUACGAUCCCCAGCUGCACGAGGUGGAGUGCUCAGUCUAUUAUCGGGACGAGUGUAUUUACCAGAAGAGCUUUUCAGAGGACACACAGCUCGAGGAGGGUGAUGAAGGAGGUGGGGGGCACCUGAGCACCUACACCCCAGAGAACCUGCUGAAUAGGUGUAAACCAGGCGACCUGGUGGAGUUUGUGUGCCAAGCCCAGUAUCCGCACUGGGUGGUCUAUGUCGGGGAUUUUCAAGUUGUGCACCUGCAUCGGCUGGAGGUGGUGAACAGCUUCCUCACCGAUGCCAGCCAGGGCAGACGGGGCCGCAUUGCCAACCAGCUGUACCGCUACAAACCCCUCAGCCCGGCCGUGGUGGUGCGCAAUGCCCUGGAGCAGGUGGGUUGCAAGGAUCGGGACUUGAGCUGGAGAAACUCUGAGUGUUUUGCUGCCUGGUGCCGAUACGGCAAGCGAGAGUUUAAAAUCGGCGGGGAGCUGCGCAUAGGCAAGCAGCCCUACCGAUUGCAGAUCCGUCUGGGUGACAAGCGCAGCCACACGCUGGAGUUUCAGAGCCUGGAGGAUCUGAUCAUGGAGAAGAGGCGAAAUGACCAGAUUGGUAAGGCUGCUGUGAUCCAGGAGCUCUCCAGCCACCUGCAGACUGCAGAGGAGGAGGAAGAGGAGGAGGAAGACCAUCAUCAUCCAGGUGCUCAGACUGCUGUGGAGUAGCAGCCUCAGCACCACCAUUCUGCUUAGCCUGGGUGAUGGGGAUUAAAACUGAAGGCUGCGAAAUUGAGCUGUUAUAAGCCCUUUGGGCUGCUUCGGUGCAGCUUCAUUCCAAUCACAUGUGAAAGGAAGGGGGAAAGCUGAUUAAGUGUCUGUGCUUUAGUGCUUAACUCCUUCAGUGCUAGAUGAUAAAACCCCUGACUUAUUUGUAGAGGAUAAAACUCAGGGCAAUUCUACCCCUCUCCUCUCUCACUUAUUUCCCUUCCUCUCUGCCAUGUUCGCCCAUAGCCUUUUCCUCAACCAUCUGCCGGUAGGCCUGACCCUACAAGAUGCUAAAUGCCUUUGACAUCUACUUAUCAGCAGAAGUUAAUAGUAUUUAAUACCAUUAGGAAGUAGCCAACAACUUCCAGGACAUGAACAUGUAGCUCUGAGCAUGAGGAUAUUGUUUUCGCUUCUCUGCUGCUGUUUCUCUUCAGCUGUGGCUUCUGUUGGUAUUGCAAGGAGCUGCUUCUCGCCUGGUUCAAGGCUUCGUGCCUUGAAAUCUCCGCUGAUUUUAGUGAAAUGGAUUUGAUGUGCUUGGUGCCUUCUUAAUUGAUAGGAGGUUGCAGGUGGGCUGGGGGACCCUCGCCUUUGCCAUCAGCGUGUGGCUUUGGGGACACGAUGCAUUUAUUGCUGACAGGUCCCAGGGAAGGAAGUUUGCCACCCCAGUUAUAUUCUGCAUGCUGGUGUGUGUUGGGACUCCUACAGGCAGAUGCUGAGCUGUGUCAGGGUUUGUUAUACGCUGCCUUGACUUCUAAAGCAAAUGGUAGAGCUCGUGAUUAUGCCUGUAAUACACACAGAGGGAGUAGAAGAAGGUUGUUCAUAUGUAAGAGUUUGUCUUGAGUAAGUUGUCCCUCAAGAGGGUGACCUCUUGGCUAGGUGCUUCUGGCAGUGAGCAUUCUGCACCACAGUGAACACAGCUGUGAUAGAAGGGAACAUAGGCUGGAAGACAUUACAGGCAGGGGGGCUUGGGUGUUCCAAAGCAGUUUCCUCUUCAUUAGGGAUUUCAUAUUUCCAUUUUUUGCUAAUUUCUAUGUAUGCAGCUGAGCUAUAGCAUUAGAAGAGAGGACAUGCCUCCAAAGUUGUGCAAGUCCCUCACGAAGGUCUAGUGUAAUGCUGCCUGUCCUGAAUAUUCCCUGAACUUUUAUUCAGCUGUUGAACCGAUCUACCGCAGAGGCAGCACGGUCAAAUCUUUGUCCUGGGAUCUGGGGUGUGUGAACAAGCACUGAUUUGGAAGCAGUUUCUGAUUCAAAAUUCCUUCCCCUUAAAACUCAGUAUGAUGAUGUGAGCUUGAAGAUAAGCUUGAGUUCAUUUCAAUAAUGGAAACUAACAGUGUGAUGUAAACUUGAAGCAUAAUUUAUAUGGUCUUCCCCGAAGUUGUUUACAGUUAUACCACAAAUAGCAAAGUAUGCCAUGUCCUUUCCACCCCUGUGACAAGAGCAAAGUUUGUUGUUUAAGAAUAGGUAGAUACAAGCUUUUGAUUAGUUGAGAUUAUGUGAAGCAACUUUGCCAAUUUGAGUCAAGUGGGUUGUGGUGUCAUGUUUUCUGCCUGAAAUAAACAAGCUAGCAUUUGGCCUGUGAAACCCCCAAAUCCAGGGGAAAGUUUAACAUCAAGCUCCUUUAGAAUGCUAUAGCUCAGGUGCCUGCACUGUGUGGUUUUUUCACCAAUAUGCAAUUGAGUUAUACUCAGGUUACUGUGGUUGUUCAGCAGAUGUCUAACCUUGUUUUGAAAGCAUAUCUACCCAUAUCUGUCUGUGAUAGGGUUAAUAUGUGGAUGUCUGCACACAGGUUUUAUACAACUACUAGUAACUAUUAAAGCUGAAAUGAUCACUGAGACAGUUUGAAAAAGAGUGAAGGAGAGUCUCUCUGUUGUACUUCGGACUGUUAUAAGACAACAGAUUAUCUAGACCAUGAGCAAAUGUCUAGCUGUGGUUUCUUUCAUACUGAAACCUUGUACAUAACAAAGUUUAUUUCACUGUGUAAUAUAGCUAUGUAAAAUAAUAUUUUCCUAGAGAUAUUUUUGGAAGUUUAAAAAAACCCUUCAUAACCUUGCAUUUGAAAGUAAAUUGUUAUGCACGUUAUUUUCCAGUCCUCUGAAUGGGUUUAUUUUUCAUUCAUGAUCUAAAGUAUAUUCUAGGUCAUAAAAUAUAGAAACUGCUAUAAAUGUCAAAUAUUAUGUAUCUACAGGGUACAAAACAGUAAACUAGUUGUGAAAAUAUUUUUCCCUUGUGUCUGAAACAUCAGAACUAUAAACUUAGCCAUUUCUCUCCUUCUGAGAUAUCCUGAAUAAUCUGAUUUGGUUUCUUGGGGUUUUUUUUUGUUUGUUUGUUUUUGGUUGGUUUUUUUUGUUGUUGUUGUUGUUUUGUUUGUUUGAUUUUUUUUUGUUUUAAUUUAAAGAAGGACCAAAUCUGCUUGAGAAUGGAGAGCAAAGCUUCUUUGACCAACUGAAAUCUUGUCUUGUGCUUGUCUUGGUGCUUCUCUGUACCGGUCAUGCCUUUUGGGAUAAAUUCCCCCACAGGCACAAAGCCUUAGCAAAGAAUUCCAGAGCUUGCAGUGCUUUGCUAGGACAGAGAGUGAAGGGGGAGCUUGCCUCACAGCAGUUUGGCAUGCAUUCUGCUGUGUUAUAAAACCUCUGUGUUCCUCUUACACCUGGGAUACAGAUGUUUCAUAUUUGGAAUCUUAAAAUUUCCCUGCAAGCUAUGUUUGGGAAUUUAUUGUCCCCUGACAUUCCAUUAUGUGUAAAAGUAGAAGAGGGUGGAAAGCUUGGCAUUUUAAAUUUUUUUUCUGAAAGAGGGCUACCUCCAUCCAGGGAUUUCUUAUUCCAGCAGAUAAAGAUGCAACUGUUGAAUCUUUAACAGGCAGGUUCUUUUCCCCUACCUGUUGAUUAGGCGGUGUUAUUUAAUAGGUGCUACUAAACACCACUGCACACAUUUCUAAGCAGUCUAGUUUUAAAGCCAUGGACCUGUAAUGACCUGGAUGCGAGAACAGAAAUUGCUGCAGAAACAUCUCAACUGCUUGGUUUUUUGUCUUUGUUGUACUUUGCUCAGUUACUGUCAGCAGAGUAAGCUGGCAUUUCUGGAGCUUGAUUUAAAAAAAAAGAAAUCUCCCAGGAAAACUAAUUCUUUUGUGUAUGUGUCUACUUCAGGACUUUUACAUAGAUCACAAAAGAGAGGAGAAAGGAACAGAUAAAAGUGCUCUUCUCUGCAUCUGCUUUAACAUAGAGAAAUGCAGGUGGGAUCCUUCUGCAGAGUUUGUGCUUUAGCAAAGGUCUGAAGCCUAUGUUGAGUUUAAAGUUUUGAGUAGACCUUACCUACUUGAGGCCACUUGAGAAUCAGUAAGCCUAUUCUUGAGCUUGAAAUUAAGUGUAUAUUUACAUUUCUUUAUGAACAAGGGUCUGGAAUUUCAAUGUGAUGUCUCCGGUGGGAGCAUGGAGGAUCUGAGGUUGCAUAAUCAACAGGGGAGAACAAGUAGUGCAGUGAAAGCUGUUUCUCAAAGGGCCUCUUGUCCAAACAGAGCUCGUGGAACCCAGCCCAAACUUUGGCCUCAGUUUCCCCCUGGAAAUCCGGGAGCUGCACUGAUUUGGUGGGAGGUGUGUUGCAGCAGUUGUAAGCUCAGCUUGUUAUCUGCUGCAGACUUCUCCGGUAUCUUUGUCUUGUCAUGCUUGAACUUUCCCUUGUAUUUUUAACAUGUAAAGUUAAUUUAAUUUAUUUUAAAAGCCCUUUGAUUGUGCAAACACUUAAUCUAUAUGAAUUUGCUCAUUUGGGCAUAUCUACUGCUGUGAAUAUCAGUAUGCACAUGUGAAGACUGGCAAGGCUGAGCCCCAGAUGUGCAAAUGUAGCUCCAGCUAGGAAAUGUAGAUGAGCAGUCUUAUUUCCCUGGAGUAUUGGUGUGUUUGAUGCAAAUAAUGCCUUGGAAAAGGCGUUCUAGUAAAACCUACAAUUAUCCGUUGAUUGAGUAAUUUUAAAAACACAAUUUAGACAUUCACCUUCCAUGGCAGUGAACAAAGACAUAAACUGAAGACUAUUUUGUUAUCCCUGAUUCUGUGUGAAUGCAAGGUAUUGAUUACAGCAACCCUAGAACUCCUCUGGCCAAUAUGGCAGGCAGUUGCAGAGGGAGGGAAAAUUCCCAAAAGCUACUUCAAAAACUAUUUUCUUACUUGGAAAAAUACGUUCUUCAGACUGAAGGACCCUAGACUAUGAAAGUAAACCUUAAAUUGUUUUGUAUAAAUGAAACCCUAGGCAAAUUCUUUUUGUUCAUUUGAUUUCACUAUUCCACUCAGUACUAUAAUAGGUGAUAUUGUAUAAUUAUCUGUUUCAGGUUUUGAAUGUAAUGGUGGUUUUCUUUUUCUCUUCUCCUUUGGUUAAGUUUUACCAAAGGUCUGUCCUUGGAUAUGUGAAGUGUGUUGUCGAGUGGUUUCCCUCCUGUGCUUUUCUGACAAUUAACAGCCUCAACCAUAAAGCUAACAGCCAUGUAGGAACAAAUAUUUUUUGAAAGCAAAAUUUUAAUUUUGUAUAAGAGAUCAGAGACUAGUAACUAAGUAGAGGUAGGAAAUACAUUGUUUCCAACAGCAGUUUCUAUUUGUAAGAAAUCUACUGUUAAUUGAGUAUGCUUGACUACUCUUAAAAAUCAGUGUGCAGUGGUAAGGCCAGGAGUAUUGUAUCAUGGGCUUAGACUUUCAGAUUAGGCUUUUUCUUUAACUGUGAAUAGGAAGAAAUCAGGGUGAUUUUGAGCACCAGUGGUUUAGAUGGUUUAAAUUCCUUUGCAUUAAUACUGGAUUAGAAACUUUCUUUAAAUGCACACUUGAAAUUCCUGACAUUGUAACACUUUAUGAAAUCAUCCACAAUAAGAAGUGUAAUCACAAAUAUGAUUUUUUUCCACCAUGAGCAUUUUCUGUAAGCUGUCUUUUGUCAGUAAAUGUUGAAUUGUUAGUGCAAAUAUCUUCUUUUCCUGAGAAAGAAGUACACAUCAUUGAUUGUACCAUUUCCUUCAAAAUGAAGGGCAUUGCAUAGUAACUCAAAAGAAAUAAAAGAUUUAUAGUAUCUUUUACAA